UUUGAUUUAUUAGUCGCAUGUAUUUCCAGAUCGUGGCCCGCAAUAUCAGUUAUGGAAGUGGUGAAACUCGCUCAAAAGGUUGAAUCAAAUUUUUUCUCGAUUUUUGGAUUUCUGAUCAACAUUUUAUUCAUUCCUCGAGCUGCAAUUACAAUCGUAGCGCAGGCAGAAUUCUUCAAUCAGGAGUUUCUUGAAUGUAGACCUGGCGACAAUUCAACAGCUCAAGACAGCAUUAAGCGACAAUGUUACGACCUAUUUGCUACAACAUGGCCGCCACAUUACCAUUGGUUUACGCAAAUAGGAUUAUCAAUUGCCGUUUUGGUUUUCUUCUAUUUCCCAUCUUGGUGGACUGUAAAACAUCAAAAAAGGCAAUCGAAAAAUAUCGCCAGGGGAUACUUGUUACAGACAGUUAUUCGGACAGCUAUUGAAUUUAGUUUCUUCGUUUCUCAGGGGGUCGUGUAUGGGUUCCAGAUCGCUGGGACAUUUUCGUGCGUGUUGAAUAGUCAAAGAAUACCGUGUGAUGUUCUUCGAGUUAAUGGAAGAAUUGCCAUGUUGGUUGCAAUGUUUGCUAUUUCAAUAGCCGUAAUGGGCUUGCACGUGGCAGAUUUAAUCAGAACAAUUCGCAUGCUAAAAUCAGAUGACCGUUCCCUCUUACCAGUGCUUGACGAUGAAG